ACCAUCAGCGUAGCCAAGUCCUGCACUGAAGCUCAACUCGAGCUAUUUUGGGGUCUUUGCAUGAGAGGAAAUCUGCUAAAUCUGCAUCGAGAAAGUUGAGAUGGCUCUCGGAAUUUUGACGGGGCUGAUGCGUGGUGGCCGAAUUGUUCCACGAAGCGGUUUAACUGCCCUCACAACCAAGCGUGGUCCGAAAGGGUUUUACAAAGGCAAAGGUUGCAAGUCAACUGGUCGUCAUACCAGCAAAGGAGGAUAUAUUCUCAUGGCCGAAAAACUUCCUCAGUACGUUGUUCCCGAUCUCACCGACUUCAAGUUGAAGGCCUACGUUGCGCAUAACACUCCAAAGGUUCCCAAGGUUACAAAGACCAGUGAAGAACCGACCACUCCAGCAGUAUAGUUGAAAUUGCAACUGUGGUAUAAGUCUUGCAAGGCACUUUGGAAGGCAGCCAGCCAGGCAAGUGGCGGGAUGCGAUCGAUUUAUCCUUCGGAAUCGGAUGUGGAAGGCAGAUGUUUGGCUAGUCACAGUGGCGUAUGUGGGUGAGGAGAAUGACAGGCUUGGGGUAUGCUGAUUCAUCACUACUUGACUAAGUUCUGAUGUUGUAGUAAAUUGGUCAGUAGACAACCGUUGCACUUUCUCCUCGGUGCUUCAUCUGUAAGGUGGCUAGCAAAAUAUUGGAACGAGCUCCUUGACGCUCUUUCUGAUUAGACGGGAGUGCAAGUCUGAUAAAUAGCAACUGAUCGUGACUGUAGAAUUUCGAGUCCAAACAUGCUGUAUAUCUGCUGACGUACAGACACCUCAAUCUCCAUUCAGCCUCUGAACUUGGGAGUUUAAGCAUAGCCCACUGGCAAGGGUGUCCCAUUUUUGACACCAAGCGGAAGGAAUGUAAACACUAUGACAAGGACAGUUUCUUGGAUUUCAAAAUUGAGGUUAUCGAGAAAAGAUGUAUAUGUUAGAAUAUGUGUUUGUUGUCAUGUAACAAAUACCCUCUAAAUGGCCAGAGUCGCCUAACCGUGUUAUCAGAGAGGACAUUGUGCCGAAUGGGAGACAAUGUGGCCAUCGUCCUAAUGCUCGUGGAACUAACUAACCAGUCCACACGUGCAUCAAAACAGAAUCGUAAAUCAUGGAGUUCCCAUUGCUUUCAGCUCAUGGUGCUGAUCUAUUC